AUGGAUGGUAUGUGUCUCAUGUGUGGUCUAGAGGAUAAAUCUAUUUACCAUGCUCUCUUCAAAUGUGGUGGUGUAAAGGAAAUAUGGGACCUGUGGAAGGAGUGUCCAACUGUUAUUGGGGCUAAAAAUAUGGAUUUUUCUUAUUUGGCAUUUAAACUGCUAGAUGUGGGAACUCCUAGAGACAUGGAGUUGUUGGUAGUGAUUGCUUGGGCAAUUUGGCAUAAUAGAAACUUGAGAGUGUUUGAGGCGAUCAAUCAGAGGGCUGAGCAAGUCUGGAAUCAUGCAGUUAGUAUGCUCUCUGAUUAUAAAGAAGCUGUGAAGUUUUGUAUGUUAGGUCCUUCGGACUGUGAGGUUAGCUGGAAAAAGCCUCAAGUUGAGGUUUUCAAGAUAAAUACUGAUGGGGCAAUUGCAAAUGAAGGAAGGGGGUCAAGUAUAGGGGUGGUAAUAAGGGACUCUAGAGGAGAGGCUGUUGCUGCUCUUUGUAGAGUUCUCCCUGGUUGCUUCUUGAUGGAUGAGAUUGAAGCGCUUACUGUCAAGGCGGGGAUCUUGCUUGCAAGGGAAUUGGACUUGCAUCAAGUUAUUGUUGAAUCGGAUUCACUCUCAAUUGUUCAACGAAUAUUGGCGAAGGAUUUCAGUGGAGGUCUAGGCCAUAUUGUCCAUGGUAUUCUGGGUUGGCCCAUUUCGCUAAAUGUAAUGAUAUAA